ACUCAGAAACCACACACACAGCAUGGCCCACAUCUCAGCUCCUGCCCUCGUCUUCUGUCUCAUCCUCUCCGUCUGUCUUUUUUCUCAGCAAGCUUCAGCCCUAGCCUGCUGCAGAAAGUAUUCCAGAGGAGAGCUGCCCAUUGGACUCAUCAGAGGAUACUCCAUCCAAACACUCCGGAAAAUCUGCAACAUCGAUGCCAUCAUUUUCCACACUCCUGGAGGUAAAAAUGUGUGUGCUGACCCUGCCAAACCCUGGGUGAUGGACAGAAUUCGCAUACUGAGGGAGAGAGCUCAGGCCCUGCGAAACAAGAAAAACAGAGCCCAGUGACCUGGAAUAUGAGCUUAAUCUUCG